AUGACAUCUGUCGGUUCCAGCGAUGAUCACGCUCGGCAACUUGCCGACGUUUUGAUCUGUGCAGAUUACCGAGGCCAUCAUUCACACGGCAUCAGUCGUCUCUCUGUCUACGUUGAAGAUAUUGCUACCUGUUCUUGUGCAGCCAAAGGCGAACCAAAAAUACUGAAACGUAAAGGUGCAACAGCUUGGGUGGAUGGACAAAAUUUGUUGGGACCAGUUGUAGGCAACUACUGCAUGAAACUGGCAAUUGAUAUUGCUAAAGAAGUGGGUAUUGGUUGGGUUGUUGCCAAAAAUUCAAAUCAUUUUGGUACCUGCGGUUGGUACGCACAGCAAGCGGUGAAAAGCGGAGUUCUGGGAAUGGUAUUCACGAAUACUUCUCCGUGCGUUUUUCCAACCCGAUCUGCUGAAAAAACACUUGGAUCAAACCCUAUAUGCAUGGCAGCACCAGGCAAUAGCCAACCCUUUUUUCUUGAUAUGGCUGCGUCUACUGUAGCGUACGGAAAAAUCGAAUUAGCAAACGACAGCGGAGUUGAUCAAAUUCCUGAAACUUGGGGCAACGACUGUGAGGGUCGGGUUACAAUUGAUCCAAAAAGUGUCCUUUCAGGAGGCGGUCUUCAGCCGCUUGGUGGCCAAGAAGAAACUGGGGGCUAUAAGGGGACAGGACUUUGCAUGAUGGUUGAAAUACUGUGCGGCAUACUUGGUGGUGCUGCAUUUGGUAAAAACAUUCGACGGUGGAGAACUAAUGAAGAAAAUGCAAACUUGGGACACUGUUUUGUCGCUAUUGAUCCAGAUUGUUUUGCACCAGAUUUCACCGGUCGACUGCAGCAAUUUUUGAGAGAAACUCGUGAAUCUAAACCGCUAUCGGAGGAUAAUCCGGUCAUAGUUCCUGGAGAUCGUGAGCGAGCUCAUAUGAGAAUGUGCGACGACAUGGGUGGUUUAGUAUACGAGAAAAUUGAAUUAGAAAUACUGGAAAGACUGGCAAGAAGAUGUAACGUGCCUUCGCCCGUAAAUAUAGAUGAGAAUCCAUCUUGA